CUAUCUACAUAUGUAGGGUAUCUACUAUCUACUUAGUACUAAUAUCUACCUGCUAUAUGUAGUACAGUUCAUGUACAUUCUUAACAGGUGUCCUAUAAUAUGAGGAUAUGAUACUGGCGUUGCCUAUUAGAUGCAGAUCUUGCAUUACUAGGACAUUUGUCUCAUCGUAUUCAUUCGGACCCUAUUCUACAUUGUCAUAUCUUAGGAAAGCUACCCCGCAUCCAUAUUGCGCAGCCAUUUCCCAUCGCAAAUAUAAUUCAAGCAUAUUCUCAACAAGACCGACAUCGACGACAACAAAAUCCAUCAUGUCUAAAGCUCAAAUCGAUGUCGAGGCCAUAUUGAGGGGCAAGUACCCUGCUAAAGCCCAUGCAAAGCGUGUGGUGGAGUACAUAAAGUCCAAGAUUCCAGACGCGACAGGAGUGUUAUAUCUAGAAGGCCGUGCGGAUAAACUGCUGGAAGACAGUGAUGAGCCAAUUCCCUUUCGACAACGGAGGGCAUUCAUGUAUCUAACGGGCGUGGAUGUUGCCGACUGCUUCCUAGUAUACGAUAUCGCAACCGAACACUCAACCCUCUUCAUUCCUCCGGUAGACCCGGACUCUGUCAUCUGGUCCGGACUGCCACUCUCCCCGCAAGAAGCCCUGACAAAGUACGACGUCGAUGCCGUCCUCCCCUCUACCGAGCUCAACCCGACCUUAGCUAGACUGGGAAGUGCGCCCAAGUCUACCGUUUUCGCCAUCGCGGAUCGUGUCGCGGACGCUGUCACCUUUCUCGAGUUCACCAACAAAGACUUCACCGUCCUAGGGGAAGCUAUUGAGGAGUGUCGCGUGAUCAAGGACGAGUACGAGAUCGCCCUUAUUAAGAAGGCCAACGAGAUCAGUGGCGCUGCGCACAAGGCUGUAUUGCAAAGCGUAAAAAAGGCGAAGAAUGAAUAUGAGCUCGAGGGUGUCUUUAUUGGUACUAGCAUCAGCCAGGGGGCCAAAAAGCAGGCAUACCCGAGCAUAGUUGCCAGCGGGCGCGCGGCAGCUACUUUGCAUUAUGUGCAUAAUGAUAAGGAUCUUGCUGGCAAGCAGCUAUUGCUACUGGACGCUGGUGCGGAGUGGGACUGUUACGCUGCUGAUAUAACGAGAACAUUCCCCAUCUCUGGCAAAUUUACGGAAGAGUCUCGUGCCAUAUACGAGAUAGUCCUGCAGAUGCAGACGGACUGCAUAGCCAUGCUGAAAGAAGGCGUAUCGUGGGAUGAAGUGCACCUACAAGCACACAGGAUCGCCAUUGACGGUUUACUAUCCCUGGGUGUCUUGAAGGGCGACCGAAAGGAGAUUCUCGAGGCCCGGACGAGCACGGCGUUUCUGCCUCAUGGUCUAGGCCACUAUCUCGGAAUGGACACCCACGAUACCGGCGGACACCCCAACUAUGAAGACCCGGACCCGAUAUUUAGGUACCUGCGGGUGCGGUUGAAUCUGCCUGCGGGGAGUGUUAUUACGGUGGAGCCUGGUAUCUACUUCUGCGAGUACAUCAUCAAGCCCUACCUCAAGGACCCCAAACACUCCAAGUUCAUUGACGAGAAGGUGCUGGACAAGUACUGGGACGUCGGCGGUGUCAGAAUCGAGGACAACUUACUUAUCACGAAGGACGGCUCGAUCAACUUGACGGAGGCGGUCAAGGAUCCUGAUGAGUUGGAAAAGAUUAUUGCUAGUAGUUGAGGGGUUCUGGGUGUAGAAGGGGACAAACUGUCCUGGGUAGUUACGAGAUACCGACCUAUCUAGGUUUUGAGAUACCAUUGAUACACCAGGCGUAGAAGAAAUCUACAAUUUCAAAUGGCUAGCUUAAGCCUGUCGUGGUCUAUUAAACAUCAAGAAUACCUAAGUUCACAACCCGACCCUGACUGUUGUAUUCCAUAGGGACUUAGAUUCAUGAUUUGAAGCACAUAAGUUUUACCUAGAUAAACCAUGAGAGACUGCACCCUGAAGGUCUCACGUAGCUGUAGUUUCGGAUAUGUACCUACAUGGAUAGAAAAAAAGGC